ACAGCAACCACCAACAAUUGAAACCUCCACUGCACUCUACCUUCACAACCCACAAACACCAUCUACCUCAUUCGAGCCCCAUCAACAGCCCCACAGAAUCCUCAUUCGAGAUGUCCAGCAGAAGCAUGUCCGUCCAAUUCCGCUACGCCGAUGACAUGGGAUUCGGCACGGCGGAGAUCCGCGAUCAGGUGACGCGGAUUAUCCUCGAAGACACCGGCUCGGACGUCUGGGCUAGUACGCGGAAUAUCCCCCCGACCAACUUCUUGACUCUCUCCGAGAAAGCAAUCGAGCAACUGCGGGCGGUGGACGGGGUGGUGGUUCUGCGGGCUGAGGCGGUAGAUUCUACUCAGUAG